AUGACUGGUCGCGGUAAGGGCGGUAAGGGCCUCGGCAAGGGCGGCGCGAAACGUCACCGGAAAAUCCUCCGUGACAACAUUCAGGGUAUCACGAAACCCGCCAUUAGACGUCUCGCCCGCCGUGGUGGUGUGAAGCGGAUUUCUGCUAUGAUUUACGAGGAGACACGCGGCGUUCUGAAGUCAUUCCUUGAGGGUGUUAUCCGCGACGCUGUCACGUACACCGAACACGCGAAGCGAAAGACUGUUACGUCUCUUGAUGUGGUCUACGCCCUGAAGCGGCAAGGUCGUACCUUGUACGGGUUUGGUGGUUAG